AUGUCUUCAACAAAGAGCAAGAGUUUCCCCUGUUCUUCGUCUGGCAUAGCUUCGAGGUUGAAAGCGGCAAUCAACGGCCCGUGCGUCCAUGCGGGCGACUUCUCUCCAAACUUGGCCAUCGCGACUUCUUCCACCCGCGCCUCUCGGACGACUCUCUGCCUUGACUCUGUGUACUUCAGAGCUCUGCAGUUUAGUGAACAUCACGAAUCGAUGCAGGGACAGCAGACGCCAUUUCUCCCCCCCAGCCCGCUCGCACACGGCUAUCUCGCAGCCUCGAAGGACCAUCGACAGCCAUUAUGUGGUAAUAUCGAGGGCUGGGGGCCUAUAAGCCCUAUCCGAUACGACUUCACACCAUGCUUUUUGGAUGUGUGGAUAGCUGUGGUCGCCGUGUUCGGCAUGGUGGGAGGCGCAGGCGCACUGUGGCACCUAUAUAGGAAUUGUCCACCACAGCCAGUGAAGCGCAACUGGCAUUUCUACGCGAAGCUGUAUCUAAUCAUAUGCGACCUUGGCAGAUUACCCUGGGAGCUCUCGUUGCAACCACUGCCGUACAAGCAGCCCUCCAGAUCGAAUAUCUCAAAGACGUUUGGGUUGAGGAUUUCCGCUUUUGGACUUCAAUCAUUACAAUCGCCUCUCUCGGUGUCAUCUCUUAACAUAAGUAUAUUGAGCCAUGGCGAUCACGCCACGCGGAAUGGUGUCGUGCUUUUCUAUGGGCUAUUCUUUCUCAUCGCAUACGCUGUCAAGCUCCGGUCUCUCGUAGCUCGGCAAUUACACCACGAGCAUGUGGCAUACUUUGCAGUCUUCUGCGCUAGUGUUGGUCUGGCAGCGGCUUCAUUUGUGCUGGAAUGGCUGGUGCCUAAGCGCAUGAGUGACUACGAUAUGCUGGGAGACGAUGACGAGUGCCCAUACGAAUACGCCGAUGUGUUUUCUGUCUUGACUUUCGGCUGGAUGACCCCCCUCAUGAAGCGUGGUUACAAGACCUUUUUAACCCAGGAUGACCUGUGGAACCUUCGAAAGCGAGAUUCGACCCGACACACGGCGCAGACGUUUGAGAAAGCUUGGGCCCAUGAGAUGGAAAAGAAAUACCCUUCUUUAUGGCUUGCUCUGUUCCGGUCAUUCGGUGGCCCAUACUUUCGGGGAGCAGCUAUCAAGACUAUCAGUGAUAUUUUGAACUUUGCGCAACCCCAGCUGCUAAGGCUCUUGAUCACUUUUGUAGACUCUUACCGUGGUCCCAAUCCCCAGCCCGUCGUACGAGGCGCUGCUAUUGCGCUUGCCAUGUUCGCUGUGUCUGUCUCACAGACAGCCUGUCUUCAUCAGUACUUCCAGCGUGCGUUUGAGACUGGCAUGCGCAUCAAGUCAUCUCUCACUGCUGCUAUUUACGCCAAGUCGACUCGUCUCUCCAAUGAAGGCCGCGCAGCCAAGUCUACAGGCGAUAUUGUCAACUACAUGGCCGUUGAUACCCAGCGACUCCAAGACCUGGCGCAAUAUGGUCAACAACUCUGGUCGGCUCCGUUUCAGAUCAUUCUUUGCAUGCUCUCUUUAUAUCAAUUGCUUGGCGCCAGUUGCUUUGCAGGUGUUGCUGCCAUGUUCAUUAUGAUUCCUAUCAACGGAAUCAUUGCACGAUGGAUGAAAAUCUUGCAGAAAGAACAGAUGAAGAACAAGGAUGCCCGAACGAAGCUCAUAUCGGAGAUACUCAACAACAUGAAAUCCAUCAAACUUUACGCCUGGACAACAGCUUUCGCCAACCGAUUAAACCAUAUUCGAAACGAUCAAGAGCUCAAUACGCUUCGCAAGAUUGGUGCUACUCAAGCCUUCUCCACCUUUACAUGGUCGGCCACGCCUUUCUUAGUGUCGUGUUCAACAUUCGGCGUGUUCGUACUGACCCAGCACCGUGCCUUGACCACCGACAUCGUCUUCCCAGCCCUCACCUUGUUCAACCUCCUCACAUUCCCGCUCGCUAUCCUCCCCAUGGUCAUCACGGCGAUCGUGGAAGCCAGCGUUGCAGUCGGCCGGAUUACUGGUUAUCUCACUGCUGACGAGCUGCAAGAGAAUGCUGUCAUACGUGAAGCAGCCGUAGAGGACAAUGGUGACGAGUCGGUUCGCAUCCGUGAUGCAAGCUUUACGUGGGACAGAAACGCCGAGCGCCGAGCGCUUGAGAAUAUCAAUUUCAGUGCACACAAGGGUGAACUUGCUUGCAUCGUGGGUCGUGUUGGAUCUGGCAAGUCCUCCCUCCUGCAGGCGGUUCUCGGCGAUCUAUGGAAAAUCCACGGAGAGGUUGUGCUCCGAGGCAAAACCGCCUAUGUACCACAGUCAGCUUGGGUCAUGAAUGCAUCAGUCCGUGAAAACAUCGUGUUCGGUCAUCGCUGGGACCCACACUUCUACGACAAAACAGUCAACGCUUGCGCAUUGCGCGACGACUUCGCGCAACUACCAGAUGGCGACCAGACUGAGGUUGGGGAGCGUGGGAUAUCUUUAUCAGGUGGACAAAAGGCCCGACUGACAUUGGCUCGCGCUGUCUACGCGCGAGCGGAUAUCUACCUUCUCGAUGACUGCCUAUCGGCUGUUGACCAGCAUGUCGGAAGACAUUUGAUCGACAAUGUUCUGGGACCGAAGGGAUUGCUCGCUGGGAAGACUAGGAUCCUGGCAACUAAUUCCAUUCCUGUUCUCAUGGAAGCUGACAUGAUCCUGCUCCUGCGUGAGGGCAAAAUUCUCGAACGGGGCAACUAUGAUCAGCUGAUGGCUAUGAAAGGAGAAAUUGCGAAUUUGAUCAAAACAUCACUAAACGAGGACCAGAGUGAAGAUGACAGCACACGUGCUUCUGAAGGUGUCACGAGUGAUGAAGAGUCUACCAUAUAUGGCGAGAGCCCUGCCGGCGCUGAUGAUGAAGAUCAAGCCGAGGCGGAAGCCGCUCAAGAGGAUGCUUCACAUUUGGCUCCUCUGAGAGCCGGUGCCGAUGCGGUCCGUAAGCGUAGCUUUCACACUCUUCGCCGGGCCAGUACUGCUAGCUUCAAAGGGCCUCGCGGCAAGCUUACAGAUGAGGAAGGAGGACUGAAGAGCAAGCAAACGAAGGAGUUUGCAGAGCAGGGCAAGGUCAAGUGGUCAGUGUAUGGUGAAUAUGCAAAGACCAGCAACCUUGCCGCAGUCUGUACAUAUCUGUUGCUCCUUCUCGGAGCCCAGACUUCAUCAAUUGGCGCAAGCGUCUGGCUCAAACACUGGUCUGAGAUUAACCAGCGGUAUGGUGGGAACCCUCAUGUGGGGAAGUACAUUGGAAUAUACUUUGCAUUCGGUGUGGGAUCUGCGGCACUGGUCGUGGUUCAAACGCUCAUCCUGUGGAUCUUCUGUUCGAUCGAGGCCAGCCGAAAGCUACAUGAGCGGAUGGCGUUCGCCAUCUUCCGAUCACCAAUGAGUUUCUUCGAGACCACGCCUGCAGGACGCAUCCUGAAUCGAUUUUCAAGUGACAUCUACCGCGUCGAUGAAGUUCUAGCCCGAACUUUCAACAUGCUCUUCGUCAACUCCGCUCGAGCUGGGUUCACCCUUGUUGUGAUCUCGUGGUCCACUCCCAUCUUUGUCGCGCUCAUCUUGCCACUUGGUGCGUUGUAUCUCUACAUCCAGAGAUACUACUUGCGGACUUCGCGGGAAUUGAAGCGACUAGACAGCGUUAGCCGCAGUCCAAUCUAUGCACACUUCCAAGAAUCGCUCAGUGGCAUGAGCACGAUCCGUGCAUACAGCCAGCAGAAACGAUUCGAGAUGGAGAACGAGUGGCGUGUGGAUGCAAACCUUCGCGCAUAUUACCCAUCCAUCAGUGCCAAUCGAUGGCUAGCCGUACGUCUUGAGUUCCUGGGCUCGGUGAUCAUCUUGGCCGCCGCCGGGUUCUCUAUAAUCUCUGUUGCCAGCCACAGCGGUCUUUCGGCAGGUAUGGUGGGUCUGGCUAUGUCAUACGCCCUGCAGAUCACACAGAGCCUUAACUGGAUCGUACGUCAGACGGUCGAGGUAGAAACUAACAUUGUGUCUGUUGAGCGAGUGCUGGAAUACGCUGCGCUUCCGAGCGAAGCCCCGGAAAUCAUCUCCAAAAAUCGACCGCCAAUCAGCUGGCCAUCGCAGGGCGCUGUCUCAUUCAACAACUACAGCACGCGCUACCGCCCGGGUCUUGAUCUUGUUCUGAAGAAUAUUAACCUCUCGAUCAAACCCAACGAGAAGAUUGGGGUUGUUGGGGGAACAGGUGCUGGCAAGAGCUCACUGACUCUGGCCCUCUUCCGUAUUAUCGAGCCUGCAGAAGGCCACGUGAGCAUUGACAACCUCAACACUAGCACCAUUGGUUUACUGGAUCUCCGGCGGCGACUCGCCAUUAUCCCACAAGACGCAGCGCUAUUCGAAGGCACCGUGCGUGAUAAUCUCGACCCAGGCCACGUCCACGAUGACACGGAGCUCUGGAGCGUGUUAGAACAUGCACGCCUCAAGGAGCACGUCUCGAGUAUGCCCGGGCGCCUUGACGCCCAGAUCAAUGAAGGAGGUUCUAACCUUUCUUCCGGCCAACGGCAACUCGUAUCUUUGGCGCGCGCCCUCCUUACACCUAGCAACAUUCUCGUCCUAGACGAAGCAACUGCCGCUGUAGACGUUGAGACGGAUGCGAUGCUACAAACUACCCUCCGCAGCCCCAUGUUCUCCAAUCGCACAAUCAUCACCAUUGCACAUCGCAUCAACACGAUUCUCGAUUCCGAUAGGAUCAUCGUGCUGGACAAGGGCACGGUUGCGGAGUUUGAUACGCCUGCCGAGUUGGUGAGGCGCAGAGGGUUGUUCUACGACUUGGUCAAGGAAGCAAACCUGCUAGGGGCGCUAGACAUGACACAGACCUGA